AUGUUUACAUAUGAUUACAGCUAUGUAUCAUCAUCAUCAUCAUCAUCAUCAUCAUCAUCAUCAUCAUCAUCAUCAUCAUCAUCAUCAUCAUCAUCAUCAUCAUCAUCAUCAUCAUCAUCAUCAUCAUCAUCAUCAUCAUCAUCAUCAUCAUCAUCAUCAUCAUCAUCAUCAUCAUCAUCAUCAUCAUCAUCAUCAUCAUCAUCAUCAUCAUCAUCAUCAGUGGAUAUCAUAUGA